AUGCUCAAGUUCAAGAAUAAAUUUAAAUUCGGUUCCUCAGGAUCACCAGACGUUACUUCCAAGACUGGACCAACCUCGACAGAAUCAUCGUCGCAUAAUUCUCCAAGAAACUCAACUGAUUCAAGGAAAACCAUUUCAAUGUCGAAUAUUUCAGAUGGGAUUCUGAAAGUAAGCUUGAAUGAUUCUCAUAGUUCAAGUCCUUCUCUUACACCACAUAAAUCAUCUAACAGUUCUUCCCCCAUUAAAUCUACUCAAGACUCACAAAUCUCCACACCACAAUCCGAGCCACCUUUGAAAUCAAGUCCAAGUCCAACUCCAACACCUACCACCAAUCUUGCUGGACAAUCCGACCCAUCGUCAACCACAGCCACAAUCACUACAACCCCUACCCCAACUUCAACUAUGACUUCAACCCCACUUACAGCUACUGAUUCAUCUGCAACAUUUUCAGAUUCAACCCCAGUUAUCAAGCCUGAAACUUUAGCCAAUGGGGACAUAAAACCUUCAUCAUCUCCAGGUUUACUUACCGUUAAAAUUUAUAAUUCGCAAAACUUACAAUUGCCAAUUGAUAUAAAUAAUAACAAACAAAUUUUACAAGCACUUGCUAAUAAUGCUAAUAAUGAAAAUACUAGCCACCAAUUAUGGAAAAACCUCACCUCUCUUCAAAAUCAAGAAGCAAACAAUUUACCAUCAAGAGAAGUCUUACCUGGAUCAAUUUCAGCUAAUUUCUUACCAUCAAUUAUCACAAUUCCAAGUGGAGAUAAUUUAGUUAAAUCAUUGAUUUAUUUAACUAUUGAAUUCGAUAAUAAUGUUCUUGUUAUUGAACCUCAAAAGGGGACAGUCAACCAUAGUACUUGGAACCAAGUGGUUUCAUUUGAUGUCAGUAAUAAAAGUAGCAAUACUGGUUCCUCACCUGAAGGAACUAGUUCAAAUUCCAAUUUUUUAAAUUUGAAUUUGUUUAUUAGAUUACCAUCAAUGUUAAUACCUGAACUGGAAAAAAUAUCAAAGGCCAAAUUGUUCACCAAUAGUGAUCAAGUUUCAUCUUCAGCCAGAAAUUCUCCAACAUCUAAUUCUAAUUCAAAUUCAACCCCUGAAAAUAUUGGAGAUUUAUUGAUUGGUAGUAUUAAAUUACCAUUGAACCUAGCCUUCCAUUCAGUCCCAAUUAGACUUAUGAAUCAUGAGUUUUUAAAAUUCCGUCAUCAAAAUGAAAAGGAAAUGGGUGAUAUUAUGCUUACAAUUGAUUUUAAACCAAUUUUGAAAAAACAUUUAACAAUUGAAGAUUUUGAUUUAUUGAAAGUUAUUGGGAAGGGACUGUUUGGUAAAGUGAUGCAAGUGAUUAAAAAGGACACCAAACAAAUCUAUGCAUUGAAGACAUUAAGAAAGCAACAUAUCAUAUCAAGAAUGGAAGUGAUGCAUACAUUGGCUGAAAGAACAGUUCUUGCAAGAAUCAAUAAUCCAUUUAUUGUACCACUUAAAUUUUCAUUCCAAAGUCCAGAAAAGCUUUAUUUAGUAUUGAGUUUUAUUAAUGGAGGAGAAUUAUUUUGGCAUUUACAAAAAGAAGGGAAGUUUUCCAUGGAUAGAUCAAGAUUUUACAUUGCAGAACUUUUGACUGCAUUAGAAAGUCUUCAUGAAUUAAAUGUGAUUUAUCGUGAUUUAAAACCUGAAAAUAUUUUAUUGGAUUAUCAAGGUCAUAUUGCAUUGUGUGAUUUUGGAUUAUGUAAAUUGAAUAUGACCAACAAUGAUAAGACAAAUACUUUUUGUGGUACGCCUGAAUAUUUAGCACCUGAAUUGUUACUUAACCAAGGAUAUACUAGAAGUGUUGAUUGGUGGACUUUGGGUACUUUAUUAUAUGAAAUGUUAACUGGAUUACCACCAUUUUAUGAUGAUGAUGUGAAUACAAUGUAUGGGAAAAUUUUAAGAAAUCCACUUCGAUUCCCAUCUUCACUUGAAGGAACUGAUGCCCAAGAUUUGUUAAUUAAAUUACUUCAAAAAGAUCCAAACCAUAGACUUAGCGAUGCUGAAACCAUUAAAAAUCAUCCAUUUUUCCAAAAUAUUGAUUGGAAUAAAUUAUUAACUAAGAGUUAUUUCCCACCAUUUAAACCAAAUGUUGAAAAUUUGUUGGAUACUUCAAAUUUUGAUCAAGAUUUCACUAACGAAAAGCCACAAGAUUCAGUUGUUGAUGACUUUUUAAGUGAAAGUGUUCAAAAACAAUUUGGUGGAUGGACAUAUAAUGGAGAUAACAUUUUAAAUUAG